UCAAACCAUGGAAUCGGAACUCCAACCUUCGGCACCGGCCCGCACCUGGACCAGCCAUCCCCGUCCCACUAUGUACUCCGGCAGAGUCGGAGAUCUCCGUUCGGUGGACGAAAUUGCUCCCGCGUUCCGCCACAUUUUCUCGGAAUUCACCCAGUUCAACGAGAUCCAAUCGCUCGUCAUGGACGACCUACUGUACGCGGACAAAUCGCUGGUGGUGAGCGCUCCGACCGGGUCGGGCAAGACGGUCAUUUUCGAGCUGGCCAUGGUUCGGCUGUUGAUGAACCUGGAGGACGCGAGCUACGGCGGGGACUUUAAAAUGAUUUACAUCGCUCCGAUUAAGGCACUUUGCGCGGAAAAGUUCAACGGUUGGAGGGAGAAGUUUGAGCGGAUCGGGGUGAAGAGUGCCGAGGUAACGGGGGAUACUGACUUGCGGGACUUUUGGGAUCUGCCGGACUGUAAUUUGAUACUGACCACGCCGGAAAAGUGGAACUCGGUGACGCGGCGGUGGAGGCAGAAUGUGCAGUUUAUGAGGCUUAUUAAGCUGGUCAUGAUCGACGAGGUGCACAUCUUGAACGAUCCGAACCGGGGGCCGGUGCUGGAGGCGGUCGUGUCACGGAUGAGGAAUAUUCACCGGUUUAUUGGGGGCGAGAGCGAGGGGGGGAUGGAACCGAUGCGGAUUAUUGCGUUGUCGGCGACGGCGCCGAACGUGGCGGACUUGGCGGCGUGGGUUGGGCAUGGGAAUACGACGUGUUUCUACAACAUCGCCGAGUCCCGCCGCCCGAUCAAGAUCGACAAAUACGUGCAGGGAUAUUACUGCGACACGAACACCUCCUCGUACCGUUUCGACCUCAACCUCAACUACAAGCUGUUCGACAUCAUCGUCAAGUAUUCCGGAAACCGCCCCACGCUCGUUUUCUGCAGCACCCGGAAGGCCACGGAAACCGCCAUCAAUCACCUGGUGAACAACCACCCCCUUAGGCUCACUCCAGACCGGAACAAUGCGUUGAUGGAAAUCGCCGAAAAGGUUCAAAACGUUGAGCUGAAGCGAUGCCUUCCCACGGGAUACGUGUUCUACCACGCGGGGAUGAGCUUCGCCGAUCGGAGCCUGGUGGAGGAAUCGUUCCGAGCCGGCAACAUUCCGGUCAUGUGCUGCACGAGCGCACUGGCCAUGGGUGUCAACCUACCCGCACAUUUGGUCAUCAUUAAAUCUACGCAGAUGUACACCGACUACGGCAUGGAAGAAUAUCCAGAGAGUAGCAUCUUCCAGAUGAUCGGACGGGCAGGCCGCCCCCAGUUCGACACGUUCGGAGUGGCCGUCAUCAUGACCCAGCGGGAAAAUGUGCAAAAGUACGAACGCCUCGCGACCGGAUCGAUCCCGAUCGAGUCGUACCUGCACGAGCACCUGGCCGAACACCUCAACUCGGAAAUCGUCCUGCAAACCAUCACCGAUCUGGCCAGCGCCAUGGUCUGGCUGCGGUCAACGUUUCUGUACGUGCGAGCCCUCGGCGCCCCCGUCCGGUAUGGGUUGCCCGCGGCCAAGGACAAGGCCCAGAUCGAGCGGAACCUGGAAGAACUUUGCCGCACCGUGCUGAAUGCCCUGGAGAAAUACUCUGCAAUUGCGAUCGUCGCGAAAGAUCAAGGAGGCGGAUCCGACGGAGGUGAUGACGGACUGCGGCUGAGUUCCACCCUGUACGGACGGCUGAUGGCGCACUAUUGUAUCAGCUUCCAGACGGUGAAGCUGCUGAGGAAGAUCAAGGGCACCGAACCGCUGCUGGAGAUGUUCACGCUGCUCACGUACUGCCAGGAGUUCGCCGUCUUCAAGUGCCGCAACAGCGACAAACGCGUCCUCAACGAGCUGAACCGAUCCACGACGGCAAGUUCCACGAUCCGUUUCCCGUUGCGAGGCCGCAUCCAAAACACCACCGCCAUGGUGUCCUGCCUGAUGCAGGCCGUGUUCGGGAACCUGCCCAUCGAGCUUCCCUCGCUCCAGCAGGAAGCCACCCGAAUGAUUGCGAUUGGACGACGACUGGUCAAGUGUAUGGUGGAGUUCAUUUCGCUUGGACCACGGGGAUCCGGCGAGGACGGUGGCGUUUUUAAUGCGCUUUUGAGUACGUUGGUGUUGAGGCAGUGUCUGGAGACGAAACUGUGGGAGAACAGUCCGUUUCUUUCGAAGCAGUUGCGCGGGAUCGGGGUGGUGUACGCCGGGCAGUUGGCAGCGAGGGGGAAAAUCUCCUUCCAGGAGCUGGCUGAGACAGACCCGCGGGAGUUGGAGGUGAUUCUGAAGAAGGCACCGCCGUUUGGUAACAAUCUGGUUGAAACGGUUCGAAAGUUGCCGAUUUUUGAGAUCGAGCUAGUUUUGAAGCAGGACUACGUCGUGGAAGUGACGGUCACGCAGCAGAACAAGGGCUACGAUAGGCAAGUUUCGGUUAGGCUGACAGUCCUGGUCGGAGAUACGAGCAACGAGGUGCUGUAUUUCAAGGAUAACGUUGAAAUCCCCGCCGGCACCCAGUACAUCCUGCAGGACUCGUUCAAACUGCAGGACGCGACCGUCGCCACCGCCACCGGCCACGUGGUUUGCCUCAACUGGGUAGGCCUUGACUGCUCGAAAGUGCUCGUCAUCAACGAAGACGCCGCAGCAGCAGCAACGGCAAAGACUUCAACGACGGAGAAGCCACGAACCCGAAAAAGCGCGACGACCAACAACGGCAAAGGAGAGAACAAGAAGAUUACGGAGUAUUAUCGGAAGCAGGUUCCGAAGGAGACUGAGAAGGUCAUUGAGAGUUCAAAGGUUGUAGAAACCUUGCAGGAACCGACUGAAAAUGCGACUUGCCAGAUUGAUGCUGCUCCGAAGAAGCGUUCCUUGGAUCUGUUCCAAUUCAGCCAGAAAUCCAAGCUGGGCCGAAGCACCAGCUUCAACUCAACUGCAAGCAGUGACACUACGCUACUGGAAAUAUCCAACAAGCUCAACCGGAACGAACCCCAGCGAGAGGUUCCGAGGACUUGCGCUGAGCAAACGAUGCCCAGCAAGGAGAACCUCACCGACAACGAUUCCGGCAUUUGGGACGUGGUUGAAAUUCUGCCCAAGGAAAAGUCCCCCGUUCAAGAGCAACGCAUCAACUACUUCUACAAAGCUCCCACUCUACAAGCUGCUAGACCAGUCAAAUCAGUUUCAACCGGCGGGAACAUCAUCGAAAUGUUGCGCAAAGAACCGCUGCUGCUGUUUGGCCGGGCGGAAGAUUUUGGAGCACAGCGGCACAAGGACGGCCCCAAGCGACGCGUUUGUCUUUUUGGAGUGUUUAGUGAGGUGACCCGAGAGGUUCGCCGGAGUGGUGCGGCACCGGCGAAAAGCGCCGGCGUGAUCAACGGAGGUGCUCAAAAGAAGAACGAUCGAGUUUGUCCGCAAACUGGUUGGGAUGGUGGACAAACGAGGAAGGAGUUGGAUCUUGGCAUCGACAAAUUCCUCAACUCACCACCGCCGGUGACUGCCCAUCGCAACGGACUCCUCCACCUUCAGGAAAGUGUCUCCAUCCAACACAUCGCCCCAGGCCAAACCACCAUCAUCGAGAUCGAUUAG